UUGGAGCCUUUGGCAGCUGCUCAAGAUUUCAAUGUAUUUGUUCCGAUGAUGAUGAGAAAAAACAUUGAAUUACAAUUACAAGCUCUUCAAAUGAUCGAAUUUAUGUGUGGUUUGAUACCAGCAGUUUUACAAAUUGAAGAUGGAGAAACACUUCGAAAUCGAAAAGAAUUAUCACCAGAAGAUACAGAAAGAUAUGUUUUGAUAUCUGUUUUGAGGCAAAGUCGAGAUGAAUUUGAAGCAAUGCAAAAAGGAAGAGAAGAAAUGGAAUUUUUGGCAAAAGAAGGUGAACAACAAAGAAUGAGAUUAGAAGAUGAAAUAAGAAAAGAGGAACGAUUAUUGCAAAUUGCAUUGGCUAAUCAAAAAAGUGCAAAAGAAGAAACACCAUUAUCAAUUGCUGCAAUUAUGUUUUCAAGAAUGACUGAUAAUUCAACAAAUACAGAAGAACAAGGAACAUCUGAAAGUAGUAGUAGAGGAAGAUCAAUUAAUCGAGAUUAUCAAAAUAUUGGAACAGAUGCUAGACCAAUUUCUCGAAAACAACGAACGAAUUCAAGCAGCAAUACGGAAAAUCAACAAAAUCUUGGAAAAAGAGAUGAUUCUGCUGAACCUCGAAAAAUAUCUGGUGAUCAAAACAUUGAAGAUUUAAAAAUAGAAAAAUCUGAAAUUUCAACUAAUACAUCCAAUGUUUCAAACGAUUUUGAAGAUUCAAAAGAAGACAAAAACUUCCAAACUUCUGAAACCUCAAAACGAGAAAUCGGAACAGAUGCUCGACCAAUUAGUGGAAAACACGGAAUAAGAAGUACUUCUCGACCAGGAACAGCAAAAAGAAGAGAUUCGAAGGGAACUGCAACUGAAGUAACACAAAACAGACCAACAACUGGAAAAAGGAAAAAUUCUCAAGGAACUUUGACAGAUUCAACGAUUGAAACAAAUAAUUAUGAAGAUGAUUUGGAAUCGAUUAAUAUUAAAAAACAACAAAAUUCGGGAAUUUCGGAAAAUGAAAAACGACCAGAAACAAGUAAGAAAUCGAAUCAAAUUGAAAAUAAAACGAUUGAAAUGGAAGAAACUGAAGAAAAUACCAAAAAACGACCAGUAACUGGAAAAAGACGAGGAUCUAAAAAUAUUCAGACUGAUAAAAACUCGGAGAAAAUUAGAAGUUCAAAAGAAACUGGAACUGGAACCGAUUAUGAAAAUAUGGAAGAAAAUAAAAAUGAUAAAUCAACAUCUCGUCCAUCGACUGUUAGAAGAAAUAGUUCGAAAGAUAAAGUGGAAUCUGAAGAAAAAGAAACUGCGACAAAAACAAGGCCAGCUACUGGAAAACAAAAAAGUUCAAGUGAUUCUGGAAGCACAAAAGAUAUUGGAACUGAAACUGCUGGAAAACAAAAAGAAGAUCGACCAAGAACAAAAUCAAAAACACGUGAACUUCCACCAAAAGGACCAGUCAAAGAACCAAGGUAUGCAAAUGAAAAAGAACAAAAAAGAUAUGUUGAAACACCUGGAAUGGAACAUGGACCAAGAAGAAAGAAUUUGAAUGAUGUUAAUGUGAGUGAAAAUAUUUCUUAAUUUAAAAAAUACUUCGAAAAUUCAGAGUCAUCUUGUUGAUAGAGAUCGUUUGAAUAGUUCGGAUGUUCGAGCUCGUGCUGAAUAUUUAAGAGAACAAAGAGAUCGACUACUUCAAUUGAAAAGAGAUGAAAGAAUCAAACAAAUGAAUGUAAGUUAUUAGAUUUAAAGUUGACAUUAAAAAACCUUUGAAUUUCAGGAACUAACUAAAGAUUCAUUGGAUCGUCCAAAAACUGCAAAAGCUGCACGUGGAAUGAUGGAUAAAAAAGAGGCUGAUGAUAUUCGACGAGAAAUCAAUCAGAAGAUUAAAACUGAUAUUUUAACUUUGCAAUAA